AGAUCACUACUAUUAAAACUAAAAUAAAAUAUAAAAACAAACUCUAAUUUGUAUAUUUAAAGAAGCCAAAGUUCAAAUAUUUUAUACAUAUGUAGUUAUUUCGUUAUUAAGUUGAAUAAAUGUAACAUAGUCAAAACUUAAAAGAAGCAGAAGUUUAGUUUUCCUCACAUAAUCAAUUGUAUUACGGAAUUUAUGAUUUUCCAGUUGAUUGAGAAACUGACCAAGGAGGAUGCGUAAUACAACAAAGGUCGAGGCACUAAUUGAAAAUUGUCGCAGCGAGGGCAAAUGGCAACGUGUUAUUGAGUUAACCGAUGAAUUGAAAACAGGUUCACCAAAUAAUGAAUGCUUAGCACAUUUCUUGAUAGGAGAAGCUCGUUUGGAGUCGUAUCUUGAAGAGAAUGCCCCAAUCGAAAGCAAUUUUAGCAAGGCAAAAACUGGGUUAAGCGAAGCCAGACGCUGCCUUAAUCUUGUCACUGGCGAAAAUGGCCAAAAAGCUGGAAUCGCUUUGGAUGCUUUUCUUCUAUUGGCCAAGCUAUGUUAUGCUUGCGGCGAAUACGAAAAAAGUUUGGAGAAUUUUGUUAAGGCGGAAUUGAAUACACUUGCUGAAAAGGAGCUGACAUUACGUAGUUUAAAAAUACUUGCUGAGUCAUAUGCUAUUAAGGGGUUAUGCUUAGAAAACCAAACGUCGAAGCCCUCAUCUAAAUUCAAGAAAGCUGAAAAAGAUGCUGAAAUGAUAUCAUGUUUCGAACGUGCCACCGAUUUGGGCCUGUUAUAUCUCCAAGAACAAGAUAUUGCUACAUAUGCCUCAUCAGCCAAUAGUACGGGCGGCUCGACGUUAGCCAUUAAUACUAGUGUACAACAAUCAGCUAGCAAUAUGGCUAUAAGCUCCACUAUCCCGGCAAAUCCUUUAGAAUUAAAUAGACGAAUGGGUGCAAUACUGGAGACGGCAUUGCAGAGAGCACCCAUAGUGCUUAUUAAGGCUGGUAAACUGUUGGAAGCAAUAGACCGUUACAGAGCAAUGCUAAAUGCAAUAGAAACAAAAACCACACAAUCGCUGCGAUUAACAUUAUCUCGACAAUUGGCUGAAGUACUAUUACGAGGUGUUUCUGGAACAAUAUAUACGCCACCAUUCCAAAAGAAACAAGGAGCUGGAUCUACUCUUAAGUCUGGUGGAACUUCCAAAAAAUUGUGGAAACCUCGAAGGUAUGCCGCGAGGAAUCAAUUUGUGCCACGUAACCAGCAAGAGGAGACAAUUCUUCUCCUACUAAUAGCUGAAGCAUUGGCGGUCAGAGAUACGGUUUUGUCGCAAAGUCCAGAAUUUAAAGUUGCCCGAACUCAUGCUAUGGGUAAUGCCACGGCAGUUUAUGACCUGCUCACCUUGGCCACAGUUCGUUGGGGACUAGUUCAGCUUCUAAACGAAUCGUUUGAAAAGGCAUUGAAGUUUUCAUUUGGUGAACAGCAUGUUUGGCGUCAAUAUGGUAUUUCGCUCAUGGUUGCAGGCAAACAUAUGCAUGCCUUAAGAGUACUUCAGGAAUCAAUGAAGCUUAAUCCUGGCGAUCACAUGCCCUGUCUUUUGGCGGCAAAACUGUGUUAUGAAUCAUUAGGUCUCAUAAAAGAGGGACUGGAUUAUGCACAGCUUGCUUUGAAAAGGGAAACAAAAGGAUUAAGACCAUCAAGAUCUCAACUAUACGUCGGUAUUGGUUAUCAGCAAUUGGCCAUCCAUAGCGUCCUUAAAGUGGAAAGGGAAAACUACAACAAAUUCGCUUUGGAAGCUUUAGAAAAGGCUGUACAAAAUGAUGGCAAUGAUCAUUUAUGCGAAUAUUAUUUAUCUCUUCAAUACGCUCUCCUCAAUAACAUUCCGGAAGCUAUGACACAUAUACGUUUUGCACUAGCAUUACGUACGGAGCAUGCUCCCAGUCUACACUUAUUUGCACUUUUGUUGACUGCUUCCCGUCGCCCUAGAGAAGCUUUGGUGGUCACCGAAGAUGCAUUGGAAGAAUUUCCGGACAAUUUGAAUCUGCUUCAUGUUAAAGCUCAUCUACAGCUUCAUUUGCAAGACGCAGAAAUUGCUCUGGUGACGGUCCAACGUAUGCUUGGCAUUUGGCGAGAACUUUACGAAAGCCAGGUUAAUGUCGAAGAAGAGAAACAUUCCGAUACGAAAAGUUUAAUUUUACAUGUACCAUCGUCACAAAUGUCAGACAAAGAUUCAAAUUCUGUUUAUGCGGCUUCCUUGGCGGCAGUGUCACGUGUGGAACAAGCUUUAAGCGAGGCGGCAAGUUCGUUAAGCUCCUUUACACCUAAACCUGGACCACAGAGACCAUGGAUGAUUCAAAUAAAGAUUUGGUUACUUUUAGCCGAUGUAUAUUUAACUAUAGAACAGCCCGCUGAGGCUUUGAAUUGUAUACAUGAAGCAUCACAAAUAUAUCCAUUGUCGCACCAGAUUAUGUAUAUGCGGGGACUUGUUUGCGUUUUCCAAGAACAAUGGAAUGAGGCAAAACAGUGCUUCUUAAAUGCCGUUGCUGCCAAUCCUAAUCAUACAGAAGCAUUGAGAGCCCUGGGUGAGACCCACCAUGUGCUGGGAGAACCACGUUUAGCUGAAAAACUACUCAAGGAUGCCGCCAAAUUAGAUCCCAGCUGCCCUAAAAUUUGGUUUACUCUAGGAAAGGUUCUGGAGAGCUUGGGAGAGUUUACAGCAUCUGCAGAUUGCAUGGCAACCGCAUUACAAUUAGAACCCACAUGUCCUAUUCUACCAUUUACUUCCAUUGCUUUGACGUUCGAUUAGAUAAUUAUAUUUUUUUUGUUGUGAUUGUAUGUGUAUUCUAGUAGUUCUCUCUAAAACAAAGUUGUUUUAAAUUUUUAAUUAUAUGCUAUCGAAUGAACUGUAAAGUUCAUUUACAGUGUUAAAAAACUUAAUGCAAUGUUGACGAGAAAAAUUUUACAAUAUAAUUUAAAAAUGGCCCACAAAUAUUUAAAUAUCAAU